AUGGGUAUGAUAGCAGUUGCUGGUGGUACAGGUGGCAUGGGUAAGGCUAUCGUUGAACAAAUUCAGCUUACCAGAAAACAUCCGUUCAUUAUUUUGAGUCGAAGGAAUAAUGCACCAUCAUUCCAUCCAGCUCUAGUCCAGGUUGACUACGAGAACGUGGAAUCCUUGGUCAAAGUCCUGGACUCGCACAACAUCGAAACAAUCAUCAGCACCAUCUCCAUGGAUUCCAAGGACUCGUUCCAGUCACAACUCAACUUGAUUGAUGCGGCAGAAGCAUCAAAAACGACCCGGCGUUUUAUGCCCAGUGAGUUCGGAAUUCUCAAUAGGCCCCAAGACGUCAUUGAUGAGCCUUUUACGACACCGUGGAUCACGACUGCCGAGAGGCUGAAGGAUUCUCGUUUGCAGUACACCCGCUUUGUAAACGGCUUUCUGAUGGACUACUGGGGGAUGCCUCACUUCCACAGUCACUUAUCCCCACUUCUGUGGUCCAUCGACGUCCAAAAUCGGCGUGCUGUGAUUACCGGCUCUGGCAACGAUGUCAUCAGCUUGACUCACUCGAACGACGUGGCACGUUUCAUUGUCCGUUCGCUCGAAUCCGAGGACUGGCCUGAGUACAGCAUCGUAGUCGGUUCCGAUGUGACCUUGAAUGAAGCCUUAGCCAAGAUUCAAGAUGUUCGAGGUUGGGGCAUCUUCGACGUGACCUAUGACAGCGAGGAGAAAUUGAAAAACGAUGAUGCCACUCUUUUGGAAGAUUUGGAGGGAGAUGCAGCUGUAAUGAAGCAGAUGACAUCCUUCUUCGGGCGGCUUAUCGUCCGUCACCUGAUGGAGAUGCCAAAACAAAAGCGAAUGAAUCACAAGUAUCCGGACAUACGCCCAGUCAGUGUCGAAGAGAUGAUAGACAAAGCUUGGAUGGGAAGGUAA